AUGCUCGGGUGGGCAUACGGUGUUGCUCCCGUUUCUUCCACCAGACUCAACCCAGCUCCCGACGACUAUUCCCAACCCAUCUUCGCCGAUAAAGCCUCAGUGACACUUUACGCGGGCCCCGGUGGCCACGGCUGCAUCUCCUUCUUCCGCGACGCAUACCUCCCCGACGGACCCCCCAACGGUGGCGACGGUGGCCAUGGAGGCAACAUCUACAUCCAGGCUGUACACGGUGAGACGUCCCUGCACAAGUUAGCUAGGCGGCGUUUCAUUCGAGCAGGGAAAGGAAAGUCUGGUCAGGGCAGCUCCAAGGGUGGUCAGCGAGGCGAGGACGUCAUCAUCACCGUGCCGGUUGGUACUGUUGUCCGCGAGCUGGCCAGGGAAGACCCCAUUGCCGAGGAUGCGAUCAUGCAGCGCGCUAUGAAAGCGCAAAGGAAGGCCGAGAAGAAGGCCAAAUUGGCCCGUCAGGCUGAGUUAGCGGAGCAAGCGAGGCGAGAGUUGGAGGAAGGCAUUGAAGAGGAGGAUGAAGAGAUGGCGGCGGAAAGGGAGGCGAAAGCGAAAAAGCAGGCCGAGGAUGAAUUCGACGAGCCCGAGGACCCCGAUCGCAGCAAGUUCCUUCUGUACCCUGGCCUCUCAAAGUCGGAUCUGAAGACGAUAUCCCUUCCCAAAGCCCCUACUCGCCAGCGUCUUUACCAUCAACCACCCGGCCCGAUUCAGCUCGACUUGUCGCGCCCGUCUCUGCAGCCCAUCCUACUCGCCGUCGGCGGCAUCGGCGGACUCGGCAACCCGCACUUCACGUCGCGCGAGUUCCCGCGGCCCAUCUUCGCCACAAAGGGCGAGCGCGCCGUGACCAUGGAGAUUGAGCUCGAGCUCAAGCUCCUCGCUGACGUCGGGCUCGUGGGGCUACCCAACGCCGGCAAGAGCACCCUGCUGCGCGCCAUCACGAACUCGCGCACCCGCGUAGGUAACUGGGCCUUCACGACGCUGCAGCCGAAUAUCGGCACCGUCGUCUUGGACAGCUACAAGGGCCGCCCCGUGAUCAAGAGCUACAAGCGGUAUCCCGCCGCGGACCCCGCAUACGGCGGCAGCGCAUCACCCGGCGCGGAAGAGGAGGUCCUGGUCGAGCAGCGGACCCGCUUUACGGUAGCCGAUAUUCCCGGUCUCAUCGAGGGCGCCCACUUAGACCGUGGCCUCGGCAUCGCGUUCCUGCGCCAUGUCGAGCGUGCCGGCGUGCUCGCCUUCGUCGUCGACCUCUCCGCCGGUCCCGCCGUCAAGGCUCUCAAGGCCCUCUGGAACGAAGUCGGUCUGUACGCGCAGAUGCGCGAGGAAGAAGAGCGCGCGCGCGAGAUCGACUCCCGCGUCGACUGGGACCUCAACGCAGGCACCACAAGCGGGGCCGCCGCUCUGCAAGGAACGCACGGCGCCAUGAUGGUCGCCGACGCACCGCCGGCGCCCCGGCAGGAAUCGGGCCUACACAUCGCGGCCAAGCCGUGGUACGUCGUCGCCACCAAGGCCGACCUCCCCGAGACCCAACAAAAUUUCCGAGACCUCAAGGCCUACCUGGACGAGAUCAAGCAGGGCACCGCGCCGCACCCGAGCGGGAUCGAAAACGCCUGGACGGACAACGUCGCCGCUAUCCCCGUCAGCGCCAUCAAUGGCCAGGGCGUCGAUCGGAUUGUCCACUGGACUGUGGGACUACUUGACGAGUAA